AUCGAUCAGACAACUAGAUGCGUCAGAGUCGGCAUCCUUGAGAUCCAGUGCCUUCAGUCAUUUUCUCACCGCUCUGUGCAACAUGGACCACGAAAGAGCUUGGGACGGGAGCAACGAGUUGACAGACAGGUUUCAGCAGGACCUUCCGGGAGCAAUGCCCUUCAACAGCAAAACACACAGGCGCCGAUUUCAUCAGCUACGGAUUCGAGAACUCAAUGGGCCCUAUCGUGAUUGGUGACUUCUGCUCCAACACACCCUGAUUAGAAAGCUCAAGUUGGCGUGAUCAACGUGAUUGCCAGCUGUGGCUUUAGGGUAUUCUUGCUAAGUAACGGGCUAUCAUUGGGCAAUAAAUCUUCGUGGAAACAUUGGGAGAGGGUUGGUUUGGAAAAAAGGUCCAGCAAGCUGACAAUAAUCACCAUUAACCAUCCUCCGGCAGAUAGCGAUAUCAACAGUUUCUCGACGGGUGGCAGAUAACAUAGGGGAAUUGGACG